CACAAUCAUGUGCAUAAAUUAGUUUACAUGUAAACUAAACAAUAUAUAUAUAAUAGUGUUGUGGUUUUGAAACCGAAUAUAUCAUUAUGACACUUACGAGAAGAAUCGGGUUAUUUUGGAAUGGUAUUUUUAUCAUUAUCGUCGUAUUUAUAUGUACUUCAAGUGAAUUUUGGAGAGAAAAUAAUUCACCUUGUAAAAAUCUUGGGACAUUUUGUCGUAAAUUACCAUUUGGUCAAAGAUGCUGUGAUACAACAGUAUGUGAUUUGAAAGCACCCUUUUCUGGUACAUGUGUAAGAUGUUUAGAUAAAGGCAGAUUUUGUUUACGAAGUCGUGAAUGUUGCGAUAAUUAUUGCUUUUUCUUUAGAUGUCGUUAAUUGUAAUAAAGAAAUAACUUGUAAUUUGAUAAACAUACCAAGGUGUUCACGUAAAUACAUAUACAUUUUACCA